CGGCGGCGCGGCCGCCGCCGUCGGCGCGGCAGUGGCCCUUGUACGCGCGUGAUGCGCGGACGUACGUUGCGCGAUUCGUGCGGAGACAGAGACCGAGCGCGCUGUGCCUCGUCGGCCGUUGGUUUCUCCGGGACGACGGCGCGCUAUACCGCGCGAGACGAUUCGCGAUCAUCGCGGAGAGGCGUACACCCCGGAGAAGGGAUCACAUGGGGGCACGCGUUAGGCGCGCAACAUCGGACGAUCAGUAGCGCAAAGUAAACACACGACGCACGCGCGCGCGCGCGCGCGCCUGAACGAGCGAGCGAGCGAGCGAGCGACCAGGCGGACGUCGCAGCGCUUUGCCGAACUCGGGGCCGAGAGGCGGCAUCUUUCGCGGUGGCCGAGUGUGGUCGGCGGUCGGUGUGGUGCCGCCCGACAGGCGUAGUGAAACUGCCGCGUACCGCGCCGAGUGAGAAACGUGCGGGACGUCGACGCUGACAACAGUGGCUGGGCAUCGCUCGGGCGGCCGCACCGCACCGCUGGCCCGUGUCCGCGCCGGCGGCUCGUCUGCCACCGUCCCCAGCCCGCUGCAUGCCACGCUCCGACGCGAGGCUCGGGGCUCCCUGCUGGCGUUUCGUCGUGCUCGUCGAGAUGAAAAUUGAAACGUCCCAAGACAUGACGUAGACAGCGGCAGGUGCGUGAAAAAUCGCCGGAGCGGCCGCCAUGAAGAAUCUCGUGCCGUAGUUGUUGAGCGAUGUUAGUGACUGCCUCCCCGAUGGACAAUUCGCCGAACACGCUGUCGGUGGUCGAGGAGGAGGCGACCAACGUCACCGACAUCGACGACGCGUUCCCGCCGCAUGUCGACACCAGCAACAUCGUCAUCCAGCCGGAGUCGCCCACCAGCAAGAAGCAGGCGCUCAAGACCUUCGCUGAGGUUAACACGUUGCUGCAGGCCGGCAGGAAGCGGGAGGCGAAGCUGCUCAUACGGGAGAACGCCUGGCCACUUAACAACAGCAUCAGGACGCAGCUCUGGCCGGCGCUCUGCGAUCAGCACGCGCACGGCAAGAACAUGCUCGACGGAUUCUACUGGGACAUGGUGAACCAGGUCUUUGGAACGACUGAAUUACCAGAAAAAUCAAUCAUGCUGCCGCCGUUCGUCGAUAGUACGCAUUGCUUGUCUUACAAUUUGACGAGGAAGGGCAGAAACGUGGCGGACAGAAUUGUAUCUGUACUGGGAUAUGCUUGUCCCGACAUCACAUACAGCCCAUCCCUUUAUCCGUUAACUGCACUUCUCUUACAUUUUGUGCCAGAGGAGGAAUGUUACCACUGUAUGGCUACUUUGGUAGCUGCCAAAGAGAAAAUGUUCAUCACGCAAACCAAACUCCUUUAUGAAGUUACGUGGAAAACGGUAGAACAAAUCACUAAGAAACACGUCAAAUCAGCUGCUGUACAUUUAGCGAGGCAUUGCUCCGGCUCAAGAGCAGAAAGAAUCUACAUGGAUUGGAUCUGGUGGAUUCUUCAACUUCUUCCAUUUCAACAUCUAGUCAGGGUUCUGGACUGUUUCCUUCAUGAAGGCAUUAAGGUCUUUUAUCGGGUUGCUAUGGCUAUAGUUUUAUUAUUUUAUAAGCACUCUUCGCCGCAGAAUUCCGAAUGGAUGAAUGAGAUUUCGAAGAAUGGGAUAGAUGCUGCUCUAUCGAAGUUCUGCAGACAAAUGCCAGUGACACCCGCUAAAUUUCUGCGCACCGCUUUUGGGAUACGCGGACUCAGCUCAGCAUACAUAUCACGAGUAUUUCUGCGUACAGAAAUGGCUCUGAAGAGCAAAAGCGUCCUAACAGGGUCCCGAUCCUUGGCUAGGUCACGCUCGACAGACAAUCUACCUACCAGCCAGUCCCAAGUCAACAUUCAAAUGAUGUCGCACACACUCACGAUACGAGAAAAAGAAUGUGAAGACACGUACAAAGACAGGGGCGCACACAGUCCUGGACCACGCGCCCUAUCAAUGGGCGUUUACCCCAUACAAAGUAUAUGCUCCCAGAUCCUAGACAUGCCUGAUUUAUUUACCUUAUGGUCGUGGCUACCGAUGAGGAUCACGAUGUACCAGCCUAUCUUGUUGUACACGACCGAAGAACAUGGAUGCUCCUUGACGACGUUCUAUGUGCGAGUUGAGCAACAUGAACCGACCCUUCUGAUGAUAAAAACCUGUAAUAAUGAGGUAUUUGGAGCUUACUGUUCUACUAGAUGGUGCGAGCGUAAUUUAAAGGACGAUAAGGGUCAGCGACAAGCAUACUUUGGUACGGGUGAGACAUUCCUGUUCAGUUUGUAUCCUGAACGAUCCAAGUAUCCUUGGGUAGGCAUGGAUUCAUCGCACAAUGACUCAAAAGUACAUCAUUCAGCCGAGCUAUUCAUGGCUGCUGAUUCGAAAAUGAUAACUAUCGGCGGCGGGGACGGUCAGGCGAUCUGGAUGGACGAAAAUAUAAGAUUCGGCAAAACGGAUCGAUGCUCGACCUUUAACAAUCCACCUCUCUGUGCUAGUGGUGACUUCGAGAUCAGAGUGUUGGAGGUGUAUGGCUUCGCCGGUGCCUGAAGAGGGAAGAAAC